GGAAUGUGUAGCCUGCAUUACGUCACUGCCAGCGGCAAGAAAGCAGCCCCGUCCAGGAGGAGUUGGGUUACUCUUUUCAGAGGAGUAUUACAGGGAUUUGUGUGUUUUUUCCUGGUCCUAUUCAGAGUUCCAGAGUCCUGGGUGGACGACGGGGAGGAAAGUGUGAAGCAGCGCAUCUCGGCUCCUGCCUCAGUAUGAAAAAGUAGAAGGAUCUGAUUAUCGACGAAACCCCCAGAAAGUAGAUGGAGGAACCAGUAGGUACAGAUGGUUGUUACUGUUCGGGCUGUGGAGAAAGAAUUCAAGACUCGUUUCACAUGAAAGUCUUCCAGGACACCUGGCACAACGCCUGCUUUCAGUGUUCUGUGUGCUGUGACCACCUGACAAAUUGGUACUAUGAAAAGGAUGGAAAGCUCUACUGUCGCAAACACUACUGGGAGAAGUUCGGAGAGCUCUGUCACGGCUGCUCUCUGCUCAUGACUGGACCUGCAAUGGUGGCUGGGGAACACAAGUAUCACCCUGAAUGCUUUGUAUGUCUGAGCUGCAAGGUGGUGAUUGAAGACAGGGAUACCUACGCCUUAGUUGAGCGGUCGAAACUCUACUGUGGGAAGUGCUACAAGCAGGUGGUCCUCACGCCCAUGUUGGAAAAACGAUCCCAUGACUCAAUCCUCGACUCCGUGCCCCACACAGUGACCCUCGUCUCAAUGCCUUCUGCAGCCAACGGCAAGAGAGGCUUCUCGGUAUCUGUACUGAGGGACGUCAGCGGCUCCGUCAGCGUUCAAGUCAAAGAGGUCAGAGGAAUGCUUAUUAGUCCAGAGGUGCGGAAUGCCAUCCAUGUUGGGGACAGGAUCCUGGAGAUCAAUGGCCUCCCAGUGGGAACACUUAUGGAGGAGGAGGUGGACGAUCUGAUUCACCGCACCAGUCACACACUGCAGCUGCUUAUAGAGUAUGAUCCAGUCAGGCAGCGUUUGGACCGUCUCAGACUGGGAUCUCCACAGAGGCUAGGAGUCCCAGCGACCUCCCGCAUGCGCCUGUCCUCCCCCUCUAAUGCGGUCCUGGAGAGAACUGAUGUGGUUGAUGAUGGCACACUCAAGAGGCGAUCGUUAAGACGCAGUAACAGCAUAUGCAAGUCUCCGGGGCCGAAUUCUCCUAAGGAACAGGCUUUUAUUUCACGAGACAUUGGACGUUCUGAGUCAUUAAGAUCCUCCAGUAGCUGCUCUCACCGUAUAUUUAGGCCAUGUGAUCUCAUCCACGGUGAAAUCUUGGGAAAAGGCUUCUUUGGACAGGCCAUCAAGGUGACUCAUAAAGCCACAGGAGAGGUGAUGGUAAUGAAGGAGCUGAUCCGUUGUGAUGAGGAGACGCAGAAAACUUUCCUCAAGGAGGUCAAGGUAAUGAGGAGCCUAGAUCAUCCACAUGUUUUAAGGUUUAUCGGUGUUCUAUACAAGGACAAGAGGCUCAAUCUGAUAACGGAGUUUAUCGAGGGAGGCACUCUGAAGGAUUUCAUCAGAGACACGGACCCCUUUACAUGGGAGCAAAGAGUGAGCUUUGCAAAGAGCAUCGCCUCUGGAAUGGCUUAUCUGCAUUCAAUGAGUAUCAUACACAGAGACCUCAACUCUCACAACUGCCUGGUUAAACUGGACAACACAGUGGUCGUAGCAGACUUUGGGCUUUCUCGACUCAUAGUAGAGGAGAAAGUAAAACCACCUCCUGAAAAAUCUUCCACCAAGAAAAGAGUGUUCAGACGUAUAGACCGAAAGAAGAGGUACACAGUAGUGGGAAACCCUUAUUGGAUGGCUCCAGAGAUGCUAAAUGGGAAACGUUACGACGAGAAGGUGGAUCUUUUCUCCUUUGGAAUUGUGCUUUGCGAGAUUAUUGGGAAAGUCUACGCAGACCCAGAAUGCCUCCCCAGGACUUUAGACUUUGGUCUUAAUGUUGGCAAGUUUGUGGAAAAGUUCCUUCCUGAUGACUGUCCACCAGCUUUCUUUCCACUGGCUGUGGCCUGCUGUGACCUCACUCCAGACAACCGUCCACCUUUUCAGAAGCUGGAGGACUGGUUUGAAGCACUAUCCCUCAACCAGGAGCUGGGGAUCCCCCUCCCCGCUGAACUGGAUGAACUACAGCAGAGUCUAAGUCAACUUCACUGGCCCAAAGAUGGCUCUCCAACCCAGAGUACAAGUCAGCCGUCAACACCAACACCAGCGUCUCCAGACUCCGUGACAGACAAUGGCACUUAGGUCCUGUGUCUUCAUGAUCUGUAGCCUGUGACCCCUCUCAACUGCUGCACUAACAUGUGAAAGACAAAUGGAGGAAAAUGAAACCCGAGCCAUUUUAGAAACUGGAUGACCUGCAAUAGCUGGACCAAUUCUCCCAGUGUGGGAUGUUUAGUGUGAGAGUGCCAGUGCACUGCAAUGUGAGUGGAAACAGUGGAGGAGACGCAUUUCAAGACAACAAGUGUUAGUUACUAAUUGUUAUCUUACUUAACCCCACUCACAGGGUUUUACUGAUGUUUACUGUGUAUAAAAACAAUAUGCACCUUCCUGUGGUCCUGCUCCUGUGAGCGGUGGAGCAUCUUUGUACUGUGCAAGACCUUUUUGUUCACAUUUGAUGAGUCCCCAUGUGACAGCAGUUUUGCUAUUCUGCCUUUGAAAUUGUUUGCUACAUGUGGAAUGCACAGAAUCAGUCCUUGCCCAGGAGAGGAAUCGCUUCACCGUAGCAGCAAAGAAAACAAAGGUGUUUGACGUUGUGGCUGAUUGACAUGUCUGAAAAAAAAAGAGAGAUUUAAGGCAGUACAGGAAGCAAAACACACAGGGAUCUUGAAAAGGUCUGACACAAGAAGGCAAAGGAAUGUUGUGGCUUUUAUUGUCUAGGCACCACUGAUCUAAUUUUUGACGAGACAGUAACAAGUAUAGUUCUGCAAUACUGUAAUGAUGUUAUUUCAUUUCCUAAAAUGUUGAAUUAACCCUUUUGAUUUUUUUUUUUUGAGUUCAAAAACCUGGUGCUUGUUUUAACAACACAUGAACAGAAGCUCUUUUUACAUAUUAGGGCUGUUUAAAGUUACCAUAAGAUGUGCUGCCACACAUCAUUACUUAAGAUGACCAUACAAAGUUGCUUUGUGAAGAUGAACUGGAUUUUUUCUUUUUUUGUUUUUUAAGAAACAUAUAAAUAUGUACAUACUGUGGUUCUAAUUUUAUGUUAUUUUGUAAUUGAAACUAUAAAUUUGUAGAUUUUUAGACAUUUCGCCAACAGUGAGCGUUUUGGCCUUUCUUAAAUAGCAUCACAUAAGGUACUGACGACCUGUUGUAACCACUAUUAUUUAUAUCACUGUAGUGUUUCUUAAAUAAAACUCCUAAAAGGUGA